GACUGUCGCAGGAUUUUCACCGAUGACGAGGUACAACAAUGCAGCUUCUUACUGGAGAGAAGCAGUGAUGGCGUACACAACUCCAACAGGUUCCGAUGUCGUCUUCAUAUCAUCCCAGUGGGAAACGAGGGAGAUGCGCAAACCGUCUACGUGUCAGUCCUCACAGACGAGGUAAGUGGAAAGUGACAAUAGACCUUUUUUCCAGUUACGGAGGCCAUGUUGGAUUUCCUGAGGUUAUCUGGGAUCAUGUGCCAAAACGAGGCUGUUGUUGGUCAUUCUCAUAUGUCUAUGUAGCAUGCAUUGCAGACAUAAGUAUGCCCCAUGAAAUCUAACAUGGCUGCUGUAACUGUAAAUAGGUCUAAUGGCUAUUGUUUGCACCCACGUGACUAUGACGUAAGCGUUGUCCGCCAUGAUGGAUUAUUAAACCAUCAUGAGAUGAAUUUUAAUGUAUUACAAGGCUAGACACUUCAUUAUACUUGUUACACUAUAUAUAACGUGUUCCAAUAAACAUUUGUAGGUCUUUCACUUUGAGACCCAACCACGAGGUAAGUGGCAAAUAAUGGCAUAAGUAGACCAGUGUUCCACGGCCUCAUACUUUCACAAAAUGUUGAUACAAUCAAGGCCCUCGUUUGCAUAAAGUCAUUAUCCGAUCAUCUCUUCCACCGAAACAACAGAAAUAGGCGAUUGUUUCUUAAGACAGCCUAUACCAACAUUUUGUCAUCAUUUAUGCAAAUGAGGUAUUCAUUUGCUUAUAUCCAACAAUGUUUACUCUUACGUAACUCUAAUGCCGGCCACAGUUAUGACUUUCCCGUCAUUUAUCACUAAGGAAUCAUAGAAUUUUGUCAUUAGUCAUGUAAGUUAUCUUUUAUUUAUAAAGGAUGGAUGAAUGGCGACCUUUAUUGUAAAUUUUUGCCCAACAAAAAUAAGUACAGGUCACAGCAUAGACAAAAUAUGCUUGUAAAAGUAUCAUAGAUUUACUCUAGCACAGAGGUUCGGCUUUUUAUCACUUCUAAUAAGUAAUAGGGAAAUGUAAGACUGUAUUGGUUUGAUAAUCUUCGGUUUAUCCAAACGCAAGAAUAAUACCAUUUUUUUUUCAGUUUUACUCAUUGUAAUAUAGAGAAUUGUCCUAGCACUUUAUUCUUACACUAACUGAGCAAUCUGCUUCAGCCCCCACCACCUCAAAAACAAGACUUCACAGCCACAGCCAAGAGGCCACCAUGCCUGCCAGCGUGGGCGAGGGAGGAGCUCUGUCGGCUUUUGGACCCAAGCAAUCCGAAGGGUAACGACUGGAGAAUGCUCUCCUUUGAGUUACAUUUGCAACUUGACUUCAAUGACAUCCAGCUGUUUCAAGAACACAGCGACAAGAGGAGUCCAACCUUCCAGAUCCUCAGUCUAUUUGAGCUGGAUUACGGACAUCUACCCCAGGUGCAACAACUUCAUGCCCUACGCAAAGUGCUAUCAGAACCACCUAUGGGCCGGCCGGACGCGUCCCAACUUGUAGAAAAGGUGAUUUCUCAACACUUUGUGGACACUGCUGCUCCUCCAACCACUGAGCAUCACCAACAGCAACCCUGUAACCCUGUCACACCAAACACGAUGGCAAGGCUAACAGAUGGCAGGUAUUACUCUCCAUAUGCUGCACCUUGUGCCGUUCAUCCAAACGUACACUCUACCAUAACACAGCUAACAAAUCUAGACAGUAGCAUACCCUGCAUCCAACAUGGUACAGCCAAUUGUGACAAUGUACCAGAAGAAGCAGCAAUGUUAAAACAGCAAGGGGCUGUCCGUAAGCAAACAUAUAGACAAGAUUCCAAUAUUACCUCUACAGCGGCAUCCUUCAAAAUACCGACCGGUAAAAAUUCAAGAAUGUACACUGAUCACUUCGAAAACAUCAGUCAGAUAGAAGGUAUGCAAAAUCAUGUUCAUGACUCAGCAUCAACUAGGACACAAGUGGCAAAAUUUGACGAUGAUCAGAUGAUUCUUGAGGAGGUCCGAAUCGGCAGCUCGAAUGCUGUAGAGUUGCCGUCAUCUGAAGAUGCGCUCAACUGGACUGACGACAAAAAACUCACGGACAAACACGAUGCUGUUGACAAUGACCUUGGUGAGAAAGGUCUAACAAAGUCCAUGACAAGUAUGUAUCAUUCCCAUGCGAAGGAAAAUGUAUCACUUCUUAAUGAAACCGAUGUAUAGUAUGGUCUUUGUUUAACAUUAUAUUUUGUAUAUUUUGUACAGUCGUACUUGGAUAUUUACAAAUCCUGACUUGUAUUAACUGUUGACUGUUGUAAUGAUCGUAUCGCUGUAAUAGAUAGUAAUUGGGUUGUCGUUGGAAUCGCAAAUCGAGUGACCAUCAAAUACAGUGGAAACCGCUUAAUUGCACGGCCUAUUUGCUAGUGAAUUUCGUGCAAUUAACCGGCUGGUGCAAUAAUGCGAAGCUGGACCGCACCAGUUUGGGAUUUUGGGAUUCCGUGCAGUGAACAGAAGUGUGCGUU